UCUUUUGACUCUAUUCAAAUUCUAGACCCCGUCGAUUCGAUCCAUUGAUCAGUAGACUCUGAAUUAUCCACGGGUAGAGAAAAACACUUGCCGCUCUAUACUUUUAUAUUACUCUUCGAUUGAUUGUAUUGACUUUCAGUAGACUGAGAUCGAACUAGGGUUUGCUGAGAUGGGGACUCCAAAUAACAACCAAGGCAAGGGUUUCUUUGCUUCGGUGUCUUCGGGAUUCUCGAUGUUCGGAAGUGCCAUGCAGAGAUCUGUGAAUGGAUUGCUUGGAUAUGAGGGGGUAGAAGUAAUUAAUCCAGAGGGAGGCAAAGACGAUGCAGAAGAGGAAGCUCAAAGAGGAAGGUGGAAGCAAGAGGAGAGGGAUAGUUAUUGGAAGAUGAUGCACAAGUAUAUAGGGUCUGAUGUGACAUCAUUGGUGACACUUCCGGUCCUUAUAUUUGAGCCAAUGACAAUGCUUCAAAAAAUGGCAGAGUUGAUGGAGUACUCGUACCUUUUAGAUCAGGCAGAUGAAUGUGAGGAUCCCUGCAUGCGUCUGGUGUAUGCUUCAUCAUGGGCGAUAUCUGUAUAUUAUGCCUACCAACGCACCUGGAAGCCUUUUAAUCCCAUUCUUGGAGAGACUUAUGAAAUGGUUAAUCAUGGUGGCAUCACGUUUAUAGCUGAGCAGGUGAGUCAUCAUCCUCCAAUGAGUGCUGGACAUGCUGAAAAUGAGCAUUUUACUUAUGAUGUGACAUCAAAGUUGAAAACCAAGCUUUUAGGAAACUCUGUUGAUGUUUAUCCACUUGGAAGAACACGUGUAACCCUAAAACGAGAUGGUGUAGUCCUGGAUUUGGUUCCUCCCCCAACUAAGGUCAACAAUUUGAUUUUUGGACGAACUUGGGUGGAUUCGCCAGGGGAAAUGAUUAUGACAAAUUUGACUACAGGGGAUAAAGUUGUCCUUUACUUUCAACCUUGUGGUUGGUUCGGGGCUGGUCGAUAUGAAGUGGAUGGAUAUGUUUAUAAUGCUGCUGAGGAACCUAAGCUAUUGAUGACCGGAAAAUGGAAUGAGUCAAUGAGUUAUCAACCAUGUGACAUGGAGGGAGAGCCUGUCCCAGGCACAGAACUGAAAGAGGUUUGGCGACUUGCUGAUGCCCCAGCAAAUGACAAAUUCCAGUACACAUAUUUUGCACAUAAAAUAAACAGCAUCGACACUGCUCCAAAGAAGUUGUUGGCAUCAGAUUCUCGUCUUCGUCCUGAUAGAUAUGCACUUGAGAAGGGUGAUCUAUCCAAAGCUGGUGCAGAGAAGAGCAGCCUGGAGGAGAGGCAGAGAACUGAAAAGAGGCAUCGGGAAGCUAAAGGCCAUCAGUUUGCCCCAAGGUGGUUUGAUCUCACGGAUGAAAUUAAGCCUACCCCUUGGGGAGACUUGGAAGUGUACCAGUACAAUGGUAAAUAUACUGAAUAUCGGGCUGCAAUAGAUCGCUCAAGUAAAACAGAUGAGGACGAUGUCAGGUCAACAGAAUUCAACCCGUGGCAAUAUGAUAAUUUGUCUGCAGAAUGAGGUAAGUCCUAUUUGUAUUGUUGCUUCUAGAUCGUUUGGCUUGUUGUAAGAACCGUUUUGGUGUGAUGGGAAGCUGUAUGGUGUGUGUUGGCGUGUGUACACGUAUCCUGUAUCAUUACUUAUAUUGGUCGGAAUCUUAGGAACCCUAUUUUGCGAGACAAUUUCAUAAUACUCAUUAGUUCCCUUGCUCUGGUGCUCUGAUGGGAUUAUCUAUAAUACAAGUGUGGACUGCUUAUAUCAA